GAGAGCUCGAUAAAUGUAAAACACACAACAAACCUCUCAGUUUCUUCACUUAUAACCUUCACCUAAGGUUGACAAACAAAAAUAAAAAUCUUCAGUAAAGAAACUUUUCUCUCUACCCAUCUCUUUGUCCACAUGACUCUUGAGUUCUAAGAAUAUAGAAGGAAACAAACUUGAAGCUUUGUUUCAAUGGAGUUCCUAUCUUUUCUUGCCUGAUCUUUCAUUUCUUCUUUUGUCUUUUACCUCUUAGCCCAAUCUUUGUUUUUUUCUUCCUUCAACCACAGAAACAAAAAGAACCUCAUCUGUAAACAAGUGUUUAUCCAAAGAUGAAAAAAAUUCUGAAGCUUGUGGACAUGGAAAAGAAACUGAUAAUGCUUAUGUUGCUUCUGCGACUUCUGUCCUUAAACUCUCUGUCUCUGGCACAGUCCCCAUCCAUACCAACUGCAAACAUCACUGUAAUGGGUCUUGUUUAUUGCGACGUCUGCUAUAACAACAGUUUCUCCAAACACAGCUACUUCAUGCCCGGUGUUGAAGUGAGUAUAGUCUGCAGAUUUAAGACGGCUUCGUCGAGAACUAGAGAGAUGCUAACGUUCUCAGCAAAUCGAACUACGAACGAGCUUGGACUCUACAAGCUAGACAUAACAUCUGUGGAAGGCGUUUCUUGUGCCGCCGAAGACGACAAAGAUUCUCUAAUGGCUUCUUGUCAAGCAAGCUUGAUCGACAGCUCCUCGGAUUCCUGCAACGUUCCUGGCUACAAAACUACAACGGAACAAGCUGUGUUUGAGUCCAAGAUGUCUAAUCUCUGUGUCUACGGAUUUACCGCUUUGAAUUACAGACCGUUUAUGAAGAAUUUUGACUUGUGUGACAAGCAAUAGAAUCAUUGUUUUUUGCUUCUAAA